AUGACCCCACCAACACGCACACCAAAACCACACAAAUCCCUCGCCCUAAUCCUCUCCCCCUACCACGUCGGGCUCCCGCACCACCGCGUAGGCGCGGGCCCAGACCGACUGGCCCCAGCACUCGCAGCGCAGCUCGCGUCCCUCCUGCCUUUUAACGCUAUAACCAUCACGACGCUCCCGGCCGUGCACGCCAGCGCCGAGGGCGAAAUGGGCCGCACCUUCGCCUUGCUGACGCACCUGUCGCGCGCGGUCGCGGCCGCGAAAGCGCGCGGCGCGUUCCCGCUCGUGCUGGCUGGGAACUGCUGCAGCACUGUGGGCGUGGCGGCGGGGCUGCGGGUGGCGGAAGAGAUUUCUAAGAAAGGGGACGCAACCGACGACGGUCUUGGCUUCGUCUGGAUAGACGCGCACGACGACCUCGACACGCCCGACACGAACGAGAACGGCUACUUGGACGCGACGGCGGCGGCGAUGCUCGCGGGCGGCUGCUUCCGUCGCUUGCUGGCGACGGUGCCGGGGCACGUGCCGCGCGGGCUGGCGGGGCGCUUCGCGUACUGCGGGCUGCGGGACGUGACGGCUUUGCAGCGGGGGGCGGUGCGAGACGCGGGCGUCGAUGUUGUGUGGGGCUCUACGGAGCAGAGAGUUGAUUUCGCGGGGGAGCUGAGGGCCGUGCUGCGCGGGCGGGGAGCGGGGUUUGGGAGUAGGGCGGUUGUGCAUUUCGAUCUUGACAGCAUUGACCAGAGUGUUGGGCAUGCGAACGAGUUUCCUAGUUUUGGAGGCUUGCUGGAGGAGGAUGUGCUGGGCGUUAUGGGCGUGUUGACGGAGGAGGGGGCGAUUCCGCCUGCGGCUAUAACGGUGUGCUCGUUUAAUCCGGACUGUAAGGAUGGCGACAGGGUUGCCGACGUGGCGAUUAAGGGUGUUGUAAAAUUUGUCGAAGGCUUGUUGGCUAGAGGAAUUUUGGUACCGGAGUAG